GAAGAGACGAAGGAGAAGGUCAGGGAUUAAACAUGGCAGCCCGCAGUGUGUGGAAAUCUCUCUGGACCUCAUUUGCGGGCUUAAAACUAGAACCCAGAGGCACCAACUUUUGUUCUUUACAGAGGAUAAAUGUUCCUCAGUGGUCUGCUUUAACCAUCCAGAACAGGGGUAUUCGUCAAGUGGUGGAGAAGCAAGACGGUAGAACAUCAAUUAUUGAGGGACAGAUUUUGGAUCUUCCAAAAGGACCACAGCCUCCAAAUCCCACAGCCAAGUGUCCAAUCUACAGAUGGAAUCUGCAGAACAAAUAUAACUACACAGAUGUUCUGUUGCUCAGUCAGUUCAUCAGGUCAGAUGGAGGGAUGUUGCCCAGGAGAAUCACCGGUCUCUGUCCAGAGGAGCAUCGCAAGAUUGCCAUCUGUGUGCAGAUGGCUCACAGAGCAGGGUUGCUUCCGGACCACAGGCCCAAACUUCCUGAGGGCCAUGUCCCAAAGAGGCCCAAGCCCAAACUUAACAGAUACCUGACUCGCUGGUCCAUUGACUCUGUGAAACCCAUCUAUAAAACUGGAUUGAAGUGGUGUAAGAAGCGCAUGUCUGUUGGUCACCCAAUACUACAGAACAACGUGCGUUAUGGUGUUAAGCCCCUGUACAUAAAACACUGAAGGACCGAAAGCCUGACAUAUCAGUACAACAGGAGAGUGGGUGGGCCCGUUUGUUCAAGGAUGCAACUGUCACAUCCCUGACUGUUAACCUUGACUGUUAUACAGUUCUGGGGGAAAAAAUCCUAAAAGCUUCAUCCAUCUGUGUUUGUUCUAACUUUUGUUUAUUAAGCUGCGUCACUCUUUUAAUGAAUCAUGCUCAGCCCCACCCAACACCAUCUAUU